AGACGAGUGAAACUGAGACGCCAUCUUGGUCCAGAUCAUCAUUAAUCUGUCGAUAUCUUUAGGUUUAGGCUGUCUGGCAUUCUACCUUAUUCUAUGAUUCUUUAUUAAAAUGUUCUUGUUCCGUGACUAAAGUUUCCUUUUCCGUUUGUCAACGAGUGACGAAGCUAGGUUAGUAUUAUUUAUCCAAAAUCUGUUUUAAAACCAAUAUAAAAGUUUGGAAUUCUAGCGAUUCAAGAACCGAAAAUGCCGUCUGUAACUCUAAAAGACGUCGACCAGCACAAAUUCGUCAAGGCGUUUGCCUCGUUUCUGAAAAAAACUGGCAAGCUCCGCGUACCAGAAUGGGUGGACCUUGUGAAAACCUCAAAGGCUAAGGAACUGGCUCCUUACGACCCCGAUUGGUACUACGUCAGAUGUUCUGCGGUCGUCAGGCACAUAUACAUUCGUUCCCCAGUAGGUGUUGGGUCACUUACAAAGAUUUUUGGGUCUCGCAAACGUAAUGGCACCAAGCCGUCUCACUUCUGCAGGUCUGCUGGAAGCAUUGCCAGGAAAGCACUUCAAAGUCUUGAGGGUCUCAAACUGAUCGAAAAAUGCCCCGAUGGUGGCAGGAAGUUGACCCAGCAAGGAAGGAGAGAUUUGGACAGAAUUGCAGCCCAAGUUAAAGCUAAGGAGAGGAAGGCUCUUAAAGCAUCCACUGUUCUUACUUUGUAAAUGACUUAAUUAUAUAAAAAAUGAAAAAUUAAGCUGCAUUUCAUUUGAUGAUAUUCAAAAACCUAUUUUGGGGAUAAAUAAAAACGUGGUUAAGCAAAGCA